AUGACAAAGCUGCAUUUCCCUCCAGAUACUGAUGAGGAAGAGGAGCGGUCCCUGCUGUGCACUGAACGGGAAAUGGAAGAACCGUCUGAGGAGUAUAACAAAGUUAUUAUCGAGGAUGAAACUGAGAACUUAGUGUCUGCAGACCCAACAGAGUUUAAUUUGGUUGCCCCUCAGAAUGCAGCAAAUGAAGGUGCGCAGUGCCAGCUGAGUCUGGUGGCAGUGUGUGGGCCUCUGUCUGACCAUGCUGAUGGUUGUUAUCCAACAUACACGGGGGAAGGACUACCUGCUGCUGGGUAUUACUCAUCAGGGGGACAGUUUCAGCCAGUAAACCUGAAGUUAGAUGGCGGCUUCUCCCAGACUGUACCUCCUCCGCGCCGCUCUGCACGAUGCGCAGCUUCCUAUCGCCUACCAACCUUCUUAUAUGAUACAGGUGGAGAACGACAGAGGAUCAAGUGCCCACCAGAUACCCCUGAGGAGCCAGCACCCCCCUGUAGGAAAAAGAGCCGAACACUCUACAGUGUUGAUCAGCUGCAGGAAUUAGAGCGCAUGUUUGUGGAAGAUCGUUAUCCAGACAGCGAGAAAAGACGAGAGAUUGCUGAUAGCAUUGGAGUCACGCCACAGAGAAUCAUGGUUUGGUUCCAGAACCGACGCGCUAAAUGGCGUAAACUGGAGAAAACGUCAUUGAAGGGUGUAAAAAAGUCUUCCUCAAUUGGGAUGUCUCGUUCAGAUGCUUCUAUGCUCACAGUCACAUCUUCAGCUGCUCAUUCUCGGCCUGAAACUGUUGCCCUUACUGUAAAUACAGGACCUCGCACUUAUGCUGCCAUGUCAGGAAUCCGGAACGGAACGUCUCUGCUCCCUAGGUCACUGUUCCAGGCAUCUCAGUCCUGCGACGGGAACUCACAGCUCAGCACCUCCUGUGGCUCAAACAGCUCCAACUCAGGUUUGGGAUCUCCCAGUGAAAUUUGUCUCACCCCGUCCCAAGAAUACCCUCCAACAUUUCCCAGUCCACCACCGCUGCGUCGGGUUGGGCUCCCUAUGUCUAUGUCCUUCAACGCCAGCAGUCACAUGGUCCCACUGAUGCUGGAUACUCCAGAAAGCACUUGUACCCCCCCUCCGUCAUCUGAUGGAGACAUAUUCUCCUACAUGCAGGAGUAUGCUUUUAGAUCCCCAAGUAUGCAGGAGUCUGUGGGAUCAAUGAGAUUUGGAGCUCAGUAUUACCACCAGAGUAAUCAGUCUGCCGGCUUUCAGAUUAAUCCGUACACUCAGUAUUCCCAGUACCAGCGGCUGCCAGUGCAUAGUCUCACACCAACCUCCCCAGAAGAAGGCCAGUAUCUUGCUGUGCCAGGCAACAACUCGGGUGUGCUGACCUAUGGGAGUUCUGGGGCAUUUCUCCAGGGGCGACCAAAUGGGCACAUACUGCUGCAGCCAGGCACAGGAGGACUCGCCUUCCAAGCAGCACCGUGGAGUGAUAUGUACAUACAAAGUGCACCCUUCCAAUGUCAGCGGCCCCAGAUUGGGGGGCCUCGCUUCUUUCCUGAGCAGACCCAUUUUUCUCAACCUGGCCCUCGUAUCUUGCAGCAUACAAAAACUUUACAGGUGUCCCAGCCAGCCAAUGAGCGAGAGAGCACAUCCCGUCUCUGUGAGGAGUGGUUUCCUCUCAUACCAGGUGGGCUGUCCCCCUGCCGGACAGCUGGAUGUGCAGACGUGCCUGUCGCUUGGGCUGGUCUGGUGUUUGGAGCAGGAUCGGUGAUGUGUUGCUCUGCUGCUUCGUCCUUGGGUCGUCGAGGUACGGUGAGUCUCCUUGAGGACUCUGUGUCUUCUCCACGUUCAGGUUCUGUUGGAAGGACUGGUGGCUCUGGAUAG